AUGGGGGUGACCGUUGAGGAGCUGGACCGAGCCAUUAGCCGCCUAAAAGUCCGGAACACAGCACCGGGUCCCGACGGAAUCCCGGGCCGGGCCCUAGUGCUGAGUCUGGCUGCUCUGGGGAACAGGCUCAGGCAACUGUUUACCAGCUGUCUGCGGUGUGCCAAAUUCCCCACAGCCUGGAAAGAGGCAAGGCUGGUUCUCUUGAAGAAGGACGGCAGGGCUGCAGAUUCUCCGUCUGCGUACCGACCCAUAUGCCUGCUGGACGAGAUUGGCAAAUUGUUCGAGAGGAUAGUUGCCACUCGGCUCAGCGGGCAUCUGUCGCGCGUCGGUCCCGAUUUGGCUGACAGCCAGUUUGGAUUCCGACGGGAGCGUUCCACUGUAGAUGCGAUUAUGCGCGUCCGCUCCCUGUCGGAACAAACAGUAUCACGGGGUGGCGUGGCGUUGGCGAUAAGUCUUGAUAUCGUCAACGCCUUUAACUCUCUACCCUGGGACGCAAUCAGGAGGGCACUGGCACAUCAUCAAGUGCCCCCCUACCUGCAUGGUAUUAUUGGGGACUACUUGCGCGACAGGUACAUUGUGUACAUGGCGAAAGAUGGUAGAAAGAUUCGGAGGGAGAUCAGACGUGGGGUUCCACAGGGCUCGGUGCUGGGACCACUACUGUGGAACCUCGCGUACGAUGCGGUUCUGCGAGUCGACCUUCCCGCUGGCGUAAAUAUCGUGUGCUAUGCCGACGACACCUUGGUGAUCGCCAGCGGGAUAACUUUCGAGAGGACCAAGGAGCUCGCCGAACUUGGGAUCGUUAAGAAAAUAUCAUGA